CACUACAGGAGGGUUUUAAAUAAAGUUUAUUUAAUGUGGCCACCCUAGCAACCACCUUUACUACAUCCAUGGCAACCACACGACGCGGUGAUAAAGAUAAACAUUGCUCGGGAGACUCCAGCAGUGUCCAGCAGGUCUGCACAUCACCUCCUGUCAGCAAUGACAGCGAAGAUCAGAGGCUCGCCAGGCAGAGAGCUGCUCAGUUUCUCAGGGAAGCCGAGACAAACAGGAGGCAGAUUGAAAAGUUGGAGAAAGAGAGGACGCUGAGUGUUCAGUGCAGAAAGAAUGGCUGGACGGAUGUGCCUGGAGAAGUGGAAGAGUACGAGAAAGUGCUGGAGCAAGAAAGAAAUGCUGAGAAGAUAAAUCUUCAAAAGCAGCUAGUGAAGAUUCAUAAUGGUGUGAGGAAGUUUCAGAGACAGCUAAUAGAUGUGAAGCCAACUCCUGAGUUGAUUGAAAGACUGAAGGAAAUAAUGUCAGAGGUGGAAAUCUCAAUAAAUGCCCUAAAAGAGGACCAGCGGUCAUGCUUUGAGGAGCUUCUGAAGGAGGAGAGGACGUGCAGACAGGAGAUUGCUGCUUAUGAGAAGAAGAUUGAAAACUUGAGCCUCGCUGUCAAAUCAGACUCCAAACUACACCCAGCUCCCACUGUGAAGACCAAACCCCCAGACAGAGACCUCCCUGCAGAGGUCAGUGCACUGGAGGCUUUCCUGCUGAAGACUGGAGGCCCAUGUGGUGGCUGGGACCAAUAUGACCACCAAGCCUUCCUAAAAGUGUGGACAAAGCACAGCGGGCAACCGGCCUACAGGAAAGAGGUCAAACUGUACCUGCCUGGUAAAACACUGGAGGAGAUAGAACAACACGAGGACUGGCAUCAGGAGCUGAUCCACCUACAGGACAAAAAGAGAGAGGCUAUUCAGCGGUGGAAAGCCAGCAAGCAUCAGGAACGCCAGACCAGAAUACAGCGACAGGAGGAGACGGAGGAGGCAGGAAGGAGAGAGAAGGAGGCCAAGAGCCAGGCCCACCAACACAGGACUGAGGAGGAGAGGAGGGAGGCGAUGAGACGAAUGGAGCAGUGGAAGGAAGAGAAGAGGCGGAACGAGGAACAGGAGGAGGAGCAGAGGCUGGCUGAGGAGAUACAAAUGAGGAGACAGGCAAAGGAAGAGCGUCGCCGACAGCUGGAGGUGAAGCUGACCGUUGAGGAGCAGCUACGACUGAGGAGAGAGGAGGAGGAGGAACAGGGGAGGAGGAGGAGAGAGGAGGAACAGAGGGAGAUGGAUGAGAGGAGAAAGGAGGCAGCAAAGGGCAUCAAACGCUUUAAUGAAAGGGAUCUUCACAAGGUGGAGGCAAAGCUUCAGGAGAAACAGCUGAGGGAAAAAGAGGAAGAGGAAAGACAGAUGAGAAUCACUGCUAAGUUGAAGGAGAAGGGUGAUGGUCAUGUCAGCAGAGACCCCUCCAGACUUACUCGUCCCACUAAGGGUUGGGAGGAGCGAAUGAAACACGUUGGACCUUCAGGAGGAGGGCCUUUGCUACAGAUGUUUCACAGAGCUGUUCCCACUUGGAGACAAGGCCUGUGAUGAGCAACAAUGGAAGUCAACUGAAGAGUCCUUAAAUGCAUUCAGAAUUCAGUUUUCUGUCUUUAUGGAAAUUAGAUUAAAUGUACGCAACAGGACCUCAACACCAGAUUGUGCCUUUCUUUGAAUCUACUGUGUGCUGCUAUGAAUUAAAUUAACUUACAUUUUACAGAAAUGUUAUUUUAAAUAAAAGCUUUUGUAAACUUCA